UACUUCUGACAGACUGACUAACGGAGCGCGGCUUUUCCCGAGGCAAUAGUUAUCCUCCGUUCCCUUGCAAUUCUCCAGGGUCGAACAACCAAGUGUCGCACAAGUACUAGUGAAUCGUGAUAUUUUGGGACGAGUCUACUGGCAGUAGGCUCAACUAUUUCCCAGGCGACCAAUCAAGAACUUCUUUGGUAACUUGACUCGCCCUAACUCUCGGUGCUCAAGGUAUUCGGCCCUCUGCAAGCUCCCGACCCCGAUGAAACACUGUCUGGUCCUUUUUUGGACACAGCAUUAAUACUCCAGUGCUUGCAUGUUCUCCACAAAUACCUUCGACGUGGCUUCUUAAACUGGCCAUUAUAAACGCCUAGACGCAAAGACCCAUCCAGUUCCUCCGCUUUCAUGAUUCCGUUGUUUGAUCAAGCCGAUAUCAGUAUCGGUAUCACACUCCAGCACACUAAUUAUGCUAUCUUUGCCAUCGCAUGUCUUUGGGUCUACGAAUUGGCGCUCACACUCGAUAAAGAAGUCGCAUUCAUACUGGACGCUCCAUGGCGAAUACCCAAACUAAUCUAUCUUACCUGCCGGUACUUUCCAUUUGCAAUUAUCGUUAUUGAUAUACUUCGAAUUAUACAGCCUGGACUUUCCAUCAAGUCCUGCACAACCUUCUCUGACUUCAGCACAUAUGCCGGAGGAAUCGUACUGUGUUGUGCAGAAUCACUCUUUUUGCGGAGGGUCUGUGCGACAAUGGGUCACAGAUGGAUAGUAUCGUGUUGUAACGUUGUGUUCCUCCUGGUCCCAGUGGUAGUGACACUUACAUUAUAUAACUCUUCCUCCACAGUCCUGCAGUCGCCUAUUCCCAAGGUUGCAAGCUGUUACAGCAGUGAGCAGGGUCACAUCAUAAGUUUAGCCUACGGUUUGCUCAUUGUCGUAGAGAUAGAAAUCAUCGGUUUCAUGUUAUACCACUCGUGGAAGCUUUAUAGAGAAUAUGGAAACACAAUGCCUCUUGUGCGAGUCCUGGUCAGACAUAACAUCGUCUACUUUGCCUGUGGACUUUUACUUUCGACCACGGUCAUGGUCAUCAUGCUCACUCUUCCCGCACCAUACGGAGAGGCGGCAUCCAGUUUACAGUUCGUGAUGCAUGAAGUAUUGGCGACACGCAUGCACCGCGAGCUUUAUAACACAGCUCACCACACUGAAAUGACUUCCGCGGGGAAUGUGUCUCUUCCUCUUGUUUUUGCACCGGCUCCAUCGGAGACGCAACCUGAUUGUAGAGGUCCAUCUUCUAUGUCCCCUUGAGAAUACUAGGCCAAUGAUUUUUAGAGAGAGAACUCGUAUCUUCUCAGUUGGUACUAAUAGAUAUUGUAUGGGUACUUAUGUAACCGAGAACCAGUGAAUUUCACUGGUAUCAUCACCCGUCAGUCUGGUUGAAUUCACCGCCUUACAUGUUGAACAUCGCCGGGUAUUGCAAUUGGUUAUAACAACCCACCCCUUAGGUUAUUUUUUAUGGUGCUACAACCACAUUUUUGCCGGAUUCACC